AUGAAAAGCACAACUUAUAGAUUGCUGCUAACCGGUAUUGUAGCACUAAGCAUUUUCUUACAGACUGUCUUAGCUACUUUAGAAAAUGGUCAGCAGUAAAAUUCAAACUAAACAAAUAGCUCAGAAUCAUUUUAGUAGAAGGAAAGCAGCUAGGAUGAUAUGAAUAGCAUAAUAAAAAAAGUUAAAGAUUCUUCAAUAGUUAAGCCUGAAGAGCAUAUUGUUAAGGAAAGUAGAAUUAUUUUCUUUAUCUUCAUGAGUCUAACCAUAGGAGGUCUUCUUAAGCAUGUCAACAAAAGAUUCCCAGUUGCUUAUACUUCAAUGCUAUUCUUAAUUGGAUAUUUUGGAGGUCUAUUUCAUGAUAGUUUGGGAUAGCUUGGUGAAUCUAUCAAAUCAGCUAGUUCAAUUAAUCCACAUGGAAUUCUAAUUAUAUUUUUACCAGUCAUGAUUUUCUAAAGCGCUUAUAACACAGAUUGGCACAUUUUUAGGAGAUAAUUUAGUUAGAUUUUCAUUCUUGCAGUUCCUUGUGUUAUAGUAGGUUCAGUCUUGAUAAUGGCAUUUAUUAAAUUAUUGUAUAGAGGGGAUGAAUAUUCCUUGUCAAGUACAUUCCUUCUAGGUUCUCUACUUUCUUGGACAGACACUGUUGCAAUAGGAGCUAUUUUAUAAGAAAUAGGUGCACCAAAAAGGCUUAAUUCAUUAAUAAAAGGUGAGUCUCUAAUGAACGAUAUCACAUGUGUAGCCUUAUAUAAGGUUGUAAAGGAAGUUGUAAGGGAAUCAAUUACUGGUUUUUGGGGUAGUGUUCAAUAUUUUUUCGUAGUCGCACUAGGAGGAAUUCUAUUUGGUAUACUUUUUGGAUUUGUUACAUCGUUUUGGAUAAAGAAGAUUUUUAAUGACGAAAUUCAUGCAGUCAAUAUAGUUUUACUCAGUUGUUAUCUUCUCUAUUUCUUUGGUUAAAAUAUCACUAUAUUUGGGUAGUCUUUGAAUGGUAUAGUACCUUUAGUGAGUUUUGGUUUAUUUAUGUCAGCUUCUGGUAAAAAGAGAAUAGCAAGUUAGGCAGAUCAAGCAUUUAGAUAGUUCUGGAAUUACAUCUCUUUUUGUGCAGAAACAGUUAUUUUUAUUCUUGCAGGUGUUAUUGUUUCCUUUACCUUUUACUCUGAAGAAACAUCAGGAAUUACUACACCAGACUAUUAUAAGCUAUUUUUGAUUUACAUUUUCACAAUCAUUUCUCGUCUAGCUUCUAUUUCUAUGUUUAUGCAUUUCCUUUAAAGACUUGGAUACGGUCUUACUUGGCAUGAAGUUUAUGUUCUAGCUUAUGGUGGCUUAAAAGGAGCUAUCGGUGUUUCGAUAGCUUUGAUUGUGUCUCAUGAUUAACAUUUUAAUUCAGAAAUGAGAGCUUUGAUAUUAUUUGAAGUAGCCGGAAAUUGUCUUUUGACAUUAUUAAUAAAUGGGUCAACAAUAAAGUUUUUAAUAUAAUAUUUAAAAAUUACUCCUACUUCCUAACUUAAAGAUAAACUGUUUAUGGAUUACUUAGAAAAAGAUUUUAAAGAAGAGCUUGAAUAAUAAGUUAAAGAAUUAAAAGAGAGUAAGUAUUUGAAAAAUGCAGACUGGGAUAAUGAUGUGUUAGUUCUUUCUGGAGCUAAGAAAUAGCAAGAAUACAUGUUAUAGUUAGACAAAAAGAUUUAGGAAAAAGAAUAAAAUUAAGAGGACAAUAAAAAGAAAGAAGAAAAUGAGCUAUAAGUUGUCUUACUUAAAGAUGAAAAAAAAUACCAAGAAAAUGAUCGUGUAGAUGAAGAAAAUAAAUAAGAAGAUAAACCCCGCUAAGAAAGAAGCAACAGUAAUAGUUCAGAUUCAUCUGAUGAAGAUAAUGAAAAUUCAAUUAAAUAAGAUGAUGAAACCUUAAUUUUCAUUAGAAAUAUUUUCCUUAAAAGAUUAAAAUCAGCUAUCUGGGAUUUAUUUGAAAAGAAUCAAUGUACUGGAGAAAGUUACAUUAGAUUAUGCGAAGCAGUUGAUUGGGAUUUAGAUCUUGAAACCUCACUCAUGAAUAAUUGGACCUAUUUGAAAAGAUAAUUUAGUGAAGGUUAUAUUCACUUUUAUUCCACUUUAAGAAAUUGGACCAUUAUUGGUAAUUGGGCUAAAAAACAGCUUUUCUAGCAUAUUUCGGGUAUUUUUGACAUGGUUCAUACUUACUUAGAGGCUCACAAAAUUGCAAUGACCAAUUUAUUAAGUAUAAAAUAAGAUGAAAGAUAUAUUCAAAUCAUUCUGCAGGAGGCCUAAGAAAAUGAGAUUUAUGCUAAAUAAUAUUUAGAUGAUUUCUUAGAUAUAAGUUUCCCCGACGUUAGUCAAUAAAUAAGAACGAAAAAAGUUGCUUUCACGAUUUUAGAAUAUCAAAAAGAUAUAAUAAAAGAGAAAUCUGCCUAAGGACAAUUAGAUGAAAAGGAGUUCUUUUCUCUCAAAAAGAAAAUUGAUCAAAAUAUAAUACAAAUAAACAAUUUAACUCCAUCUUGGAAUGAACUUAAGUUUGAUGAUUUCAUUAAAUCAUAACCAUUAUUCUAGCUGCUAAGCUAGCAUAUGAAAGAAAAAGCUAAAUUUAGUGAAAUCAUAAGCUAAGCUACAGAAGCUCGUUUUGAUCCUGAACAAUUUGUUUUCAAAAGCGAAAAAAAAGCUACUCAUAUUUUUGUUAUUAUGAGAGGUGGUGGAACUGAAAGCUACAAAAACGAUUUAGGAAAAUUUUCAGUUAAAAGAGGUGUUGGUCAUAUCUUACCCAUUUAACAGCUAUUAAAUUCAAAUAAUAAAUACUAAACAGAAUUUUAAGCUGACUGCAUGAUGAUUACAAGAUAAAUUGAAAUUAAAAAAAUUCAAGAUCAUAUUAAGUGUCACCAUGAAAUUGAACACCAUAUUUACAGAGAAAGUUUACCUUACUUAUUCAAGAUACAUUACCAAUAGUUUGCUCCAUUAAGCGUUUUAGACAUUGAAAAGAUAGAAGAUAUUAUCAAUAAAACUUUUGUCAGAAGAAUUAAAAAGGAUACCAUUUUUGAAAUGUAGAGUGGAGGUAUUCUAGCUAGAGGUGAAGUUCAACUUGUUUUAAAUGAAAUUGGAUAAUCUUCUUUGAAUGUCUUCGAAGAUGAUUAAAAUAACGUUGUUAAGAAAAGGGAAUCAUCAGAAGUUAACAUAUAAGAAUAAGAUGCUAGGCUUAGACCUAAUUUCUAAAGUGAACAAGAUUAAAUGCCUGAAAAAGUUAUUACCGCUUAUAGCAUCAUAAAUCCAAAUGCUUCUUAUUAUACAUAUAAAACUACGAAAAAGUCAAUUAUUUUUGAAUUUACAAAUCCUGAAGAAAUUAGACUGCUUACAACAGCCCUAAGAAGAUAAAGAGCAACUCUUAUCACUCCAAACUCUGCUCUAAGAAACCUUUUAAAAAAAUAUAAUUGA